AUGUUAUCAUCAGCAUUAAAAUUAACUAAAAAAGUUUGCUCAACCAAAUCAAAUGGAUUAAUUAGAAGUUUUUCAACACAAACUCAAAGUAGAGAUUAUGCAGUUGUAGAUCAUACAUAUGAUGCAAUUGUUGUUGGUGCAGGUGGUGCAGGUCUUAGAGCAGCCUUAGGUUUAACAGAAAAAGGUUACAAGACAGCAUGUAUCACUAAAUUAUUCCCAACUCGUUCCCAUACAGUCGCAGCACAAGGUGGUAUUAAUGCUGCUUUAGGAAAUGCAGAUCAAGAUGAUUGGAGAUGGCACGCAUAUGAUACAGUAAAGGGAAGUGAUUUUUUAGGUGAUCAAGACGCCAUUCAUUACAUGUGUAAAGAAGCAGUUCCAACCGUUUUAGAAUUAGAACAAUAUGGUGUACCAUUCUCACGUAUGGAUGAUGGUCGUAUCUAUCAAAGAGCAUUCGGUGGUCAAAGUAAAAAUUUUGGUAAAGGUGGUCAAGCAACUCGUUGUUGUGCUGCUGCAGAUCGUACAGGUCAUGCUCUCUUACACACUCUCUAUGGUCAAGCCGUUAAACAUAACACAAAAUUCUUCAUUGAGUAUUUUGUAACUGAUCUCAUUAUGGAAAAUGGGGAUUGCCGUGGUGUCGUUGCCAUCAACUUGGAAGAUGGUACCAUUCAUCGUUUCAGAUCACAUGCUACCGUCAUUGCAACCGGUGGUUAUGGUAGAGCCUAUUUCUCUGCAACCUCUGCUCACACUUGCACUGGUGAUGGUAAUGCUAUGGUCAUUAGAGCUGGUCUCCCAUGUCAAGAUUUAGAGUUUGUUCAAUUCCAUCCAACUGGUAUCUAUGGUAGUGGUUGUUUAAUCACCGAAGGUGCUCGUGGUGAAGGUGGUUAUCUCCUCAAUAGUUCCGGUGAACGUUUCAUGCCUCGUUAUGCCCCAUCCGUAGCCGAUUUAGCCUCUCGUGAUGUCGUCUCUCGUUCUGAAACCAUGGAAAUUAGAGAAGGUCGUGGUGUUGGUCCAGAAAAGGAUCAUUGUCUCCUCAAUCUCACCCAUCUUUCACCAGAGAUUAUCGAUGAACGUCUUCCAGGUAUUAGAGAGACCGCUAUGAUUUUCGCUGGUGUCGAUGUCACCAAAGAACCAAUUCCAGUCAUUCCAACCGUUCAUUACAAUAUGGGUGGUAUUCCAACCAACUACAAAGGUCAAGUCAUCACUCAAGUCGAUGGUAAAGAUAAAUUAGUCAAAGGUCUUUAUGCCGCCGGUGAAUCUGCUUGUGUCUCUGUCCAUGGUGCCAAUCGUUUAGGUGCCAACUCUCUAUUGGAUAUCGUUGUCUUUGGUAGAGCUGUAGCCAAUGAAAUCGAAAAUACCCUCGCCAAGGAUACCCCACACAAACCAUUACCACCAAAUGCUGGUGAAGAAUCAAUUGCAAAUAUUGAUGCCAUUCGUUUCUCUAAUGGUACUCGUUCAACCGCUGAAAUUCGUUUAGAGAUGCAAAAGAUUAUGCAAAGAAAUGCUGCCGUCUUUAGAGAUGGUCAAGUCUUAAAGGAAGGUGUUGAAUUAAUUGAUAAAUGUGCUCGUUCACUCAUAAAUGAUCUCAAAACCACCGAUCGUACCAUGAUUUGGAAUACCGAUUUAAUCGAAUCAUUAGAACUCCAAAAUCUUAUGACUCAAGCCGUCCUCACUAUGCACUCUGCUGAAGCACGUAAAGAAAGUCGUGGUGCUCAUGCUCGUGAAGAUUACAAAGAAAGAGAUGAUGCCAACUGGAUGAAACAUACCUUAUCCUAUUUAGAUGUUAAUACUGGUAAAGUUACCCUUAACUAUCGUCCAGUAGUUUCUGAAACUUUAGAUCAAUCUGAAAUGGAAACUAUUAAACCAUUCAAGAGAGUUUAUUAA